GAAACGUGACACUCGAACAUAUUUAUAAAAAAACGCAUUUCUUAAGCAAAUCCCUUCACUAAUUACGUAAUUUACUGUUUUGUCUCUCCCCUAAUAAAUCUCUAAAACGUCUUCUUCCUUCUUCUUCUUCUUCUUCUUCUUCUUCUUCUUCUUCUCUUUGCUCUAACAGAGUCUUUUGUUGAGUUCUGAAAAAAAAAAUAUGAACCAAUCCAACUCAGAAUCGACGACGAAGACGACAAUAGUCAAAUUCAACCUCUGUAGAUGAAGAGGUUUAUCAAUUCAACCGUGACGUUUUCCGUCACCGUUACCGUCGCUGUUAUAUUCUUCUUCCUAUUGUCUCCUGUCGCCUCCUUAGGUUCAGGCUCAACUUACGCCGUCGUUUACGGUUCCGACACCGUCUGCGCUUUAGUCUCCGGUCAAUCCACGCAGAGUAUACUCUGUUACGACACGCGCCGUCGCACCAGCGUCACUCUAAAGCCCGGCGUCUCAUUCUCCUCAAUCGCCGCCGGAGAUAAUUUACUCUGCGGUAUACGCUCCGGUGGUUACAGCCUUCUCUGUUGGGACAACAUCGGAAGCUACACUCUCGAUCCUAAACGAAUCUACCUAAACGACACCGUUCUGCUCCAGAGUCUCUCCGUCGGCGAUACACAAAUCUGCGCCACCGUCAACGGCACAAGUUCUCUAAAAUGCUGGAGAGAAUCAGACCAAUCGAAACCCCCGGACGAGAGGUUCCGGUCAAUUUCAUCCGGCGUUGGUUUCUCAUGCGGCGUUUCGAUUCCAAACAACAGGAUCCUUUGCUGGGGGUCCGAUUCAGCGAAAUCGGGUCGGAUCCAAAACGGGUUCGGAAACGCGACGAUGAUGACCAUAUCGGCAGGUGAAUCACACGCCUGUGGAUUAAACACUGCUGGGGAUUUGAUCUGCAUCGGAAACAACGAAUCUGGGCAGCUCAACGUUACAUCGAACCAACCGAACCGUUACUCAUCUCUCUCACUCGGAUCAAACUUCACCUGCGCGACGAGAAGCUCGAACAACUCGGUGGUUUGCUGGGGCGGAGGAGCUGAGAGAUUCAACAAUGUCACAGACUCGAUCUCGUUCGAGUCGAUUUCUUCGGGUCCGGGUCUAAUCUGCGGGUUGAUCUCAAGUAAUCUCACAAUCAUGUGUUGGAACCCCUCAAAUUUCUCAAGAAUAUUCCUCCCUUUCCCAGAAGUAUUACCAGGUCCUUGCGUUGAAUCAUCAUCUCUCUGCUCUUGUGGUAUCUAUCCACAAUCUGAUAAGCUCUGUUCCGGUUCUGGUUCCAUCUGUAGAUCAUGCCCUGUUCAAUUCCCGGCGAGUCCUCCGGGUCAGAUUCCUCAUCCACCACCACCACCACCACCGUCAGCUUCUUCUCCUCCGUCGAAAGCUUUAACCAGAGGGUUGCUAGCGUUUGCGAUCGUUGGAUCAGUUGGAGCAUUCGCAGGGAUAUGUAGUGUGGUUUACUGUUUAUGGACAGGAGCUUGCUUGGGGAAGAAGAAAGUUCAUAACUCUGUUCAACCGACGAUAACCCGCGGUGGAUCUAAUAGCCGGUCUAACAGCUCCAAUAGCCGGUCUUUAACCAUAAGACGUCAAGGAUCGAGAAUGCUAUCUAUGAGGAGACAGAGAAGUGGGACGUCGUCGAUGAAACACGCCGAUAAAGCGGAAGAGUUCUCGUUUGCCGAGCUAGCUUCAGCCACCGGAAACUUCUCUCUAGAUAACAAAAUCGGUUCCGGGAGCUUCGGUGUUGUUUACAGAGGAAAACUCGACGACGGGAGAGAAGUCGCGAUCAAACGCGGCGAAGUGAACGCGAAAAUGAAGAAAUUACAAGAAAAAGAAACCGCGUUCGAUUCGGAAAUCGCGUUUCUAUCGAGGCUUCACCAUAAGCAUUUGGUGAGACUGGUUGGUUACUGCGAGGAAAGAGAAGAGAGGCUUCUCGUCUACGAUUACAUGAAGAACGGUGCGCUUUACGAUCACCUGCACGACAAGAACAACGUGGAGAAACACAGCAGUUUGAUAAAUUCUUGGAAAAUGCGGAUCAAAAUCGCGUUGGACGCGGCUAGAGGAAUCGAGUAUCUACACAAUUACGCGGUGCCACCAAUCAUUCACAGAGACAUCAAGUCAUCUAACAUAUUGCUAGACUCGAAUUGGGUCGCUAGAGUUUCGGAUUUCGGGUUAUCACUAAUGGGUCCUGAGUUAGGGAAAGAUCAUAAUCAUCAUCAUCAACGUCCAAUGAAAGCUGCGGGAACGGUCGGAUACAUCGAUCCGGAGUACUACAGUCUCAAUGUUUUAACGGACAAGAGCGACGUGUACGGACUCGGAGUGGUGUUGUUAGAAUUGCUGACAGGGAAAAGAGCGAUUUUUAAAAACGGUGGUGACGUGGAGGAAGGGAGCGUAGAAGCGGCGCCGGUGCAUUUAGUGGAUUACUCUGUGCCAGCGAUAACAGCGGAUGAGCUGGGAACGAUAUUGGAUCCGAGAGUGGGAUCGCCGGAGCUAGGGGAAGGAGAUGCGGUGGAGCUGGUGGCGUAUACGGCGAUGCAUUGUGUGAAUGCGGAAGGGAGAAAUAGGCCGACGAUGACGGAUAUAGUUGGGAAUUUGGAGAGAGCGUUGGAUUCGUGUGGGGAUAGUCAUGGGAGUAUCUCUAGUGGUAUUUGUUCCAUUGUCUCUGAUUGAUUGAGAGAAAAUUAAAAAAAUUUGACUCUCUCUCUCGGUUAUUUAAUUUUUUUACAUAGGAAAUAUUUUUUGAGGAUUUCAUUGUUUCUCUUAGAAAUUUCGGUUUCUUUAAUAUGGUUGUUUCUUACUACACCUUUUUCGUUUGUAAAUACAGUGUUUAGCGUAGGAGAAUUGGAAUAUUGAAUAUUCGUGGUCUAA